CCUAGGCAGAACAAGAUGGAGGCCAUGAGAGGACGGCUAAGGGCCUCGGAGUUUUGCGAAGAACGCAGACAGCUAUGCUUAAGGCAUUCAAAUCGUGCCCUCCGUUAUCUGCGCCGUUUGCAGCUCGCAUACCCACCCCCACCCCCAAACUCUCGGUUUCCUUGACCCCUCUCACCCCUCCGCACAGCGGACCCCACCGGAGUGCGUGCAGUCAGAACCCGCGGGGUUAGGCUGAAGCCAAGACAGUGGGGCUUACGUCCUGCGGAUCUCUGGGAGUUGUAGUCCCCGCGCCUUGGCAGCCCGGGGACUGCAACUGAGUGGACUACAACUCCCAGAGUGCAACGGGCUAAGGGGUCGUCUCCGCAAGUCCCGGCCCGCGCCAGGCAGCUGAAGUCGCUGUCUCCUGCUGCGAUGCUGGUCUUCGGCUGUCGGCCCCUCAGGGCUCUCUUGGGAGCCCUGGGUGGCAGUCUCCGGGCCCCCGCCAGCCACCGGAGCUUGACUUCUUGCAUCGACCCUUCCAUGGGACUCAAUGAAGAACAGAAAGAAUUUCAGAAAGUGGCCUUUGACUUUGCCGCCCGGGAAAUGGCCCCAAAUAUGGCAGAGUGGGACCAGAAGGAGCUGUUUCCAGUGGAUAUGAUGCGGAAGGCAGCCCAGCUGGGCUUUGGGGGAGUGUAUGUGCGAACAGAUGUGGGGGGCUCUGGCCUGUCACGGCUUGAUACCUCUGUCAUCUUUGAAGCCUUGGCCACAGGCUGCACCAGCACCACAGCCUAUAUGAGCAUCCACAACAUGUGUGCCUGGAUGAUUGAUAGCUUUGGAAAUGAGGAUCAGAGGCACAAAUUUUGCCCACCGCUCUGUACCAUGGAGAAGUUUGCUUCCUACUGCCUCACUGAACCAGGAAGUGGGAGUGAUGCUGCAUCCCUGUUGACCUCGGCGAAACGACAAGGAGAUCAGUACGUCCUCAAUGGCUCCAAGGCCUUCAUCAGCGGUGCUGGUGAAGCAGAUAUCUACGUGGUCAUGUGCCGAACAGGAGGGCCAGGCCCCAAGGGCAUCUCAUGCAUACUCGUUGAGAAGGGGACCCCUGGCCUCAGCUUUGGCAAGAAGGAGAAGAAGUACUUACAGUUCAAACUGGCUGACAUGGCGACAAGGCUGGUGGCCUCGCGGCUGAUGAUCCGCAGUGCGGCAGUGGCUCUGCAGGAGGAGCGGGAAGAUGCAGUGGCCCUGUGCUCCAUGGCCAAGCUCUUUGCUACAGACGAGUGCUUUGCUAUCUGCAACCAGGCUUUACAGAUGCAUGGAGGCUAUGGCUACCUGAAGGAUUAUGCUGUCCAGCAGUUUGUGCGUGACUGCAGGGUCCACCAGAUUCUAGAAGGCAGCAAUGAAGUGAUGAGGAUGCUGGUCUCCCGAAGCCUGCUCCAGGAGUAGCAGCCCCACACGACGCCCAGGCAUGGAGUUCCCUGAGCGGCUGCAGUCAGUGCCGAGUGGUUCCUCGUGGGCUGCCCCGUGCUAAGCGGAUGAUGGAUUCGAUUGAAGGAGUGGGCUCUUACAAGAGGAACCUGACUGCGCUGGCAUCAGUGUUGACUGACUACAGCAGAGUCCUCAGGGGAAAUGGAAGAGCUACCCUGAUGAGAAUGUCACAAAGCAUACUACCUUGAUUUCCUGGCGCCUGAGAGGCAACCAGUGAAGGUGCCCUGUCAAACCAAAGUCCUUGCUUGGAUCCCGAUUGUCUUGAUUUGUCUGCAUCCUGCUGGUUGACUGAAUCCUGAUUCUAGGAGCCAUUGAGGCUUUUCCUGACGGUAGAGCCAAGGAUAUGGAGAGGGAACUGGAGAGAGAAUACGCUCCUGUCUGUUUUGCUUGUAGCACAAGUACAGGGGCAGAAGGUUUCUGUGGAUCACUCCUCUGGAUAUAGGUCAUGGUAAGAUGAGCAACUGGGACACUACCCCAAACCUGUGAUUUAUGACAGUCUCCACUCCUAGCCUGCCUGAACAUCAAGGGCUGAGAUGACUAGGAAUGUUGAAUAUUUGUUAUUUUUCACUUUGAGAAGCCUGUGAUCUAGAAAUGGAAUGCAGGGUUUCUAUAACCCUUUCUCAUAUAUUGAAUAUAUUUUUUUCUGAGUUGCUCUUUAUAAAUGUUUUUAAUCACUACCUUGAUAAAUAAAAUCUACCCCUUUCUAGACUA